CAGCCACUUAAAAGACUGGGAGGGAGGCUCAUUCCUUAUUCUAUUCCUUCUCAGCUUCAGAGAUGGCACCUAAUGGCACUUGUGUAUACGUACAUUCUGAAGAACAGGGGCCCAUGAAAUUCACUGUUCAGAAGGAUGACAGGGUCAAGAAGAUUAAUGAAGCGGUUCGGUCUAAAACCAAGGUCCCUGUAGAAAACCAGAUUCUCUUCUUGGGCUCUAAGACCCUAAAACCUGAAAAAAAGUUGUCCUACUACUGGUUGGACCCCAGUACAACUAUUCACCUCACCCUGAAGGUGGUGAAACCAAGUGAUGAGGAGCUGCAGGUGUUUCUAAUGGAGGUGGAUGAAGGAAAGAAGCACCCGUUUCAGAUCAGACGGACAAGCUCAGUGUCUCAGGUGAAGGAGGCGAUUGGAGCCAUAACAGCAAUGCCCCCCAAGGAUCAGAUCGUGAAUUGCAAUGGCAAGGUGCUAGAGAAUGGGAAGAUCAUGGCUGAUUACCGCCUCAAGAAGGGGAACAUUUUCUUCUUGUCCAAGAAGUGCAUAGGGGGUUAACCAGAGAGAAGGGCACCUGCAGUCAGGAGGAAAUGCAGUUCAAAAUCUUCCAGCUAAUUCCUGCUUAUCCCAAACAUCUAUGAUCCUUUCAUCCCUUGCAACAAAAAAUCAGAAGGAAGUAGAUAAAGUAGAGAAGGAAGAAUAGGAGUAGUGGUGGUGGUAUAGUAGAGUAGUAGAGAGCAAGUAGAAAAAGAGAUGGAUGGAGGAAAAGUAACUAAAGAAUUAAUUUCAAGCUUAAUAAUUACAUAAUACUAUAUUUCUAAUAUGUUUAAAUGAAAUCCUUUAAAUGCUUUUGUGGACAGGGAUUUAUUAGAUUAUAGUUAUUGAAGGAGAUACAAAAUGAAUUCAUCCUAGGUAAUGUAGCAAGGAAAUUGUAAAGACUACAUUAGAAUUUACUUCUCUUGACUCUCAACUGAAGAAUUCUUCACUACAGUAAAUUGGAUGGUGGGAACAAGGAGAUUAUCUUGGUUUCUCCAGGUUGACAGACAAGACACCCCUUUUCUGAUCCUAUUCAUCAGUGAAGAUAAUUCAUCAUGAAGAGAGAUAAUUAUCCUGCCACCAUUAAAAAGAAGGAAAGAAAAUUGUUCUUUUGUCCUCUUUUUGACUGUAUCUUAUGCGAAAUGAUACAUUUUAUUACUCUCCUCAUUCUUUAAAAUAAAUAAUCCUUCAUAUGUCCUGAGAAAUAGGGGCAACAAGGAAAGAUGUGUUUCUGCUUUUCUUGCCUACAAGAGUUGUUGGUGUCAUAAAGGGAAAAGAAGUCUUCGAGGAAAUAGUUUUUGGGGGAUUAUUUUCUUGCUUAUGGCAAGAAUUUAGGAAAGAUGGGGGACUCCUUAUGUAUUGCCAUUUCCAUUUAGCUUCUUUCUUUUAACAAUCCCCAGCCCUCUAAUGGGGCUUUGAAGUUUCAGGAGAGUCCACCCAACCCCUUUCUCUCCUUCCCAUGAUUGCCCUUUCCUCAUUUAAACAUCUCUCACCUCCAUACCUUUGACAAAUGGGUGAUGUCUUUUCUCUUAGAUGUCCCUUUGCUUUCUGUCCACUACUAAAAUCUUUUGGUGUUUUAAAAAAUCUCAAAAAGUCCUUCCUCUUCCAGCACUAACAUAUUCCCACUGGACAUUUCUCACCCUAAUCCCUUUUGUAUCCCCUCUCUGCUCAUUUAUGUAUGGAAGUCUAUUGAUUGUAUAGACUACCCUUGUCUAUGUGUUUUGUCUGCUUCUUCUAUGUUUGUUUAGUCUCCUCUUCCAGUUCCCCGAAGUUAGGGGCUGUAGAUCCUUUAUCAGACUGGAAACUUCUUUAGAACAGCAGGCACAUCUUUAUUCAUCCUUAGACUCCAUCAACUGUGAGAAUAUCUAGGGUGAAAACUGUUUCUCUUAUCAAAUGUGGACUUGGAUGUUGGGGAUUUGUUCUCCUUCAUCAGUCUGGGAGCAUUCAGUGGACAAGAUUUAUUCAUGCCAUUAGUUCUGGAAUUUCUUGAGAACUAUUUCUCUGAGUUCAUCACUCCACAAUCCAUGAGGACUCAGAGUGAUGGACUGGCCCAGUGACAAACAAUGUGAUCCUUGGGUUGAGAUGAGAAGCUCUCCCUAAGCCCAAAUCUUACCUCUCCCUCCACUCUACUCUGCCCAGAAGCCUUUUUGCCGCCCCUUUCACCUCCUUGUUCCUCAGGGUGUAGAUGAUGGGGUUGAGGGCGGGGGUGACCACAGUGUAGAACAAGGAGACAAACUUGCCCUGGCCCUGGGAGUAACUGUGUGUGGGCUGCAGAUAUGUGUAGAUGGCAGAGCCAUAGAAAAGACAGACAGCCGUGAGGUGGGAACCACAGGUCCCCAUUGCUUUUCUCCUCCCUGUCUGGGACUUCAUCUUCCACACGGCCCGGCCCACAGCCCCAUAGGAAGCCAGGAUGACAGAGGAUGGCAGCAGCAGGAUAACUACCCGAGCAGCAAACAUCUGCCUCUCCACGGCGCCCCCGCCCCCGCAGACUAGUUUCAACAGGGCUGGCAGCUCGCAGAUGAAGUGGUCCAGACGCCGGGGCCCGCAAAACUGCCGCGUGCCCAGUAGUAUGGUCUGCGCCAGCGAAUUAGUGAACCCCCCCAGCCAGGAGGCAGCUGCCAGCGUCCGGCAGAGGCGGGGCGAGGCCAGGGCUGUGUAAUGGAGCGGCCGGCACACGGCGGCCGAGCGGUCCAAC